AUGGGUUACAGGAGGACUACGCCUGUCAAUGUCAUGCUCUAUGAGGCCGUUUUAUCCGCCUCACCACAGGUCCUCUUGGAGGAAGGAAGCAUCAUUCGUGACGACCCCGACCCCCCGGCUUGCUUGAAGCGAUUAUUUCUGCCAUCGCCUGACGAAAGCCGUAUCUUCUCAGACGGAUUCAAGGUGGCAGACCAACCUUUUGCGGGUUUCGCCGUGAUGGAUUUAUCAGGGGACUGUACUCUUCGUUACCGUGUUACGAAUGAGGUCGUGAGUCGAUACCUUAGCGGGGACGGCAGAUCAGGAAUUGCCGACCAGGAUCUCCUGGUGGAGCCCAAGGUGUACUUGAGCCCGUUUCUAUCGGCGGUGUCGGAGAGGCGGAAGGCUCUUGCCAAGACUGCUUGGCGGAAGCUAAGGCUCUUAACUCCCAAAAAGAAACUAUGGGAAACUUUGGAGAAGAAAAACAUCAAUGGAGGACUAAUAGAGAGGUUGAAGGAAAUUUAUAGAGACACAAGAGCAGCAAUUAGGACGAAGAAAGGAUUAUCGGAAGAGUUCAAGACAAAGAAAGGUGUAAGAGGAAUAUGGGGACUAAAGCUAGGGAAAGAUAGAGUAUGGAUGUUGGCGUAUACGGACGAUUUAGUAUUACUAGCGAAAAAUAGGGAGGCUAUGGGUGACAUGAUGGAAAUUUUAGGAAGGUUUUUAAAAGAGAGGAAUUUAAAGCUGAAUACAGAUAAAUCGAAAAUGAUGGUGUUCAAUAAAGAUGGAAGGAAAAAGAAAAGGAAAUGGGAAUGGGGAAAGAAAGAAAUCGAGGAGGUGCAAACAUUCAAAUAUCUUGGUUUCAAUUUUAAUAGGAGAAGAGAUUAUGAUUAUCAUAUAAAGGAAUUGAGGAGAAAAGGAAGAUUGGCAGCUAAUAUGGUAUGGGGAUUAGGAGAAAGGAUCUGUGCGGAGGAUUUCAUAAGGAGAUGGAUGUUGUUUAAGUAUUUAGUAGAGAGUGUAAUGUCCUAUGGGGUGGAAUUAUGGGGGAGCAGGACACCUUGUUACUUGAAGGAGAGCGAAGUGAGAAAAAGGAAAAACGGGGAAGGAAUAAGAGCGUUGAUGAGAUUGAGAUGUGGGAAUAUGGAGGUAGAGAAUAAAUAUUGGUUAAAAGAGGAAGAAAGAAUGCGUAUUCUGCGAGAUGGGGAAAGAUAG